CCGGAUGUUUCCGGUCCUGAAGGUCAGCGUCUCCGGUCUGGACCCCAGCUCCAUGUACUCCUUCCUGCUGGACUUCGUGCCAGCUGACGGCUGCCGCUGGAAAUUCGUCAACGGGGAAUGGGUGGCGGCGGGGCGGGCGGAGGGCCGCGGCGAGGGCCGGGGCCACGGCGGCAUCUACAUCCACCCCGACUCGCCGAACUUCGGAGCCCACUGGAUGAAGGCGGCCGUGACCUUCAAUAAGGUCAAACUCACAAACAAGGUCAACGGAGGAGGACAGAUCAUGUUGAACUCUCUCCAUAAGUACGAGCCUCAGCUCCACAUCGUGUGUGUCGGCUCUCGCCCUCGCCUCCGCUCCGACUCCUACGUGUCCUUUAAAGAGACGCAGUUCAUCGCUGUCACCGCCUACCAGAACGAAGAGAUCACGGCUCUGAAGAUUAAAUACAACCCGUUCGCCAAAGCCUUCCUGGACGCCAAAGAGAGGAACCCGGGGGGGCGGGGCUUACCUGAGUCAUCGGAGAGCCGAGUCGGGAUUCAACCCUGCUGGUCGCUUUGCUCGGCCGGAGGAGGCGGAGCUUUUCCGUACAGCAGCAGCCUCCCGCUCACAUCACAUCAUCAUCACCACGGUUACAAACAUCACGGUUACCCAGGGCGACACACACCUUACCCCCCCGCCUACCUGCCGCACCGCUCACACUCCUCAGUGUGUGUGUCUGAAGGCGUGCAGGUGCUGUCAGACGGCUGGAGGAGCAGCUCCUCUCCUCGCCCCUCCUCCUCCUCCUCCCCCUCCUCCCUCCCUCUGACCAGCAGCGCUCCCUCCUCUCAGGCUCCUCCCCCUCCUCACAGCUCUAGUCAGUACCCCUGUCUGUGGACCGUCGGCUGCAGCGAGCUAAGCCCCUCCCAUUCCCCCUGCACCGCUCUGCAUGGUCCAAUCAGCAGCGAGAGCCUCAUGCAGCCAGCCAGUCACGGCCGAGUGGGUGGGGCCGCCUGGCCACCUGGCCCCACCCACUCAUUCUGA